ACUCUUUUCCCACCCUUAUAAAUGGAACGCACAACACACUUCUGUCAAAACACAACACUUCAAUUCCUCACACUCCUUCGCAACUAUUCAACGCUUGCCAAAGCAAACACAUACUUCAAACUUUAAAUCACUGCCACCACUGAAAGCGAAGAUGUUCGAAGACAGGGAAAGCCAUCGCCACGACGACGUUUUCAGCGAGAGCAAGGAUUCCGGAGUGACUGAAGAGGCAACGGUGGUUCACGUCAAAGAAGAGAUGGAUGACACCGCCGUUAACGGUUUCAUGGAUAAGCCCCCGAAGCCGAUGGGAGGGUUGCAUGAGAUGGGUCCUCCUCCGUUCCUGAAGAAGACCUUCGAUAUGGUGGAGGACCCUAAAACUGACCUUGUUGUGUCAUGGAGUCAAACUCGCGAUAGUUUCGUCGUUUGGGACUCUCAUGAAUUCUCCAAAACCCUUCUUCCCAAAUACUUCAAGCACAGCAAUUUCUCCAGCUUCAUUCGCCAGCUCAACACCUAUGGCUUCAGGAAGGUUGAUUCAGACCGGUGGGAGUUUGCGAAUGAAGGAUUCCAAGGAGGGAAGAGGCAUUUGCUAAAGAAGAUAAGAAGAAGGAGUAAGUACAAUAGACUGCAUCACGGAGCUUUUAAUAUGAUGAAGCCAGGCGUGGAGGCUGAAGUAGAGAAACUGAAGAAGGACCAGAACAUUAUGAAGGCGGAAAUUCUGAAACUGAGGCAGCAGCAGGAGAAUUCGCAUGUUCAGCUCACAAAUGCUCUGGAGAGAGUUCGGUGUGCAGAGAUGAAGCAGUAUCAGAUGAUGUUUUUCCUCACAAGAAUGGCUAGAAAGCCCGCGUUUGUUGAGCAGUUAAUCCAAAAGAUGAGGAGGAAAAGAGAGGUUGAUGGUAACGACAUGGUUAAGAGGCCUAGAUUGAUGGGAAACCCCUGCUAUGUACCCUUCCCAAACACCAUGGAGACAACCCCUAAUGCUGAUUACAGACCCCAAAAUCAUAAACAAUUCCCUUCAAUGCAAUCCGAGCUCGACGAAUUUCUGUCUGAAACUGUGAACAUCAACAAGAUGGAGCACCCAACUCCCUCUCCCUUGGAAGAUCAAUUGUGUAACCCUGUGCAAGGGUCAAGAGCCCAUGGUUGUUCUAGCACAAAUGCGCCAGAUGCUUCUUCUGCCUAUCAUGUUAUGUCAGAAAAACUAAUGCGGGAAAAUUCUGUAGUUGAUGAAGAACUAGAUGUGAAUGACUCUAAUAUCUAUCUUGAAUUAGAGGAUUUGAUCACUAAGCCUACGGAUUGGUAUCUUGGAUCUGCAAGUGGAUUGGUGGAACAAACGAGUUGAAGUGAUCUCUCUCACUAGUGUGGUUGUCCCUUGUAAUGGAAAUUUUCCUCUCCAACUCUCUAAAUGUGUAGUUUUGAAUAAUGUGGUCCUUAAUGUUGCAUUUGGCAAUUUAUGCAGGGUGCAAUUUCAGGUGUGUUUGUGUGUGUGAAGAUGCUCUGCUGCUACGUAAGAUGAAGAGCUGAAUAUUAUAUGGCUCUUCAAUUACCAGCUUUGAAAGGCAUGACCUAGUUUCUCGCCACAGCUUUUUAUAUGAUGAAGCGAGAAUUUUCAUGUUUCUGUUUGGUCGGGUCCAAAUUGUUCAUAUGUUGUACAGCUCUUUCCUCCCUUCGUGUUCCUUUCCUUAACAUAGGCUCUUAAGUCAUACAUCAGCAUGGCCACAGCUAAGACUUUUAUGUGUAGUAAAGAACUGUGUAGGUUGUAAGUUUGUAUUAACAUGGUUUAUAGUUCAGUACUCCCGGUUUAUAAUUACGUUCCUGUUCCGUUUCAGCCUUUAUCUAA